AUGAGAUCAUUGCGGAGCGUCCUCAGAAACAAAAUCGGGGUGGCCGCCGCCCUCCUCAAGGUCGUCGCCGUGAUGGCGGAUUGGGUACACGACAAAUAUGAAGACGACAGAGAUUCACGCCCAUCUCGUGCCCCUCGACGACCACGCGGUGACCGCUAUUCCCCGCCGACGGACCACGCCCCUACUGGAGCUAAGCUUCGUGUUGAGAACCUUCAUUACGAUAUUACAGAAAGUGAUCUUGAGGAUCUGUUCACUCGGAUUGGCCCGAUCAGCAACCUCUCUCUUGUCUAUGACCGAGCAGGACGCUCUGAGGGUGUCGCCUUCGUUACCUAUGCACGUACCAGCGAUGCGAGGACGGCCAUUAGCGAGUUUGACGGCGCGAAUGCUAAAGGACAACCUAUUCGUGUAACUCUUGUUUCCACAGGCGGUGGACGACGAGACCGGAAUCCCUUUGACAAUGUUGAAAGGCCUAAAGGUAGCUUGUUUGACCGUGUGGAGCGGCCACGCGAUCGUGACUCCCGCAGUCUUAGCCCCGGAAGUGGACAUGAAAGUGCUGACGAUGGUGCACGCCGCCGUCGUGGCCGCCGGGGAGGUGGCGGACGCUACCGACGUAGCGAUGUCUCCAAGCCAGCUCCGGAUCAUAUAGAUCGGUAUGUGCCAGGACAGCGAUCGCCGGCGCGUCGUCCCGCCAACGGACGACGCCAGGGCCAGGGCCAGGGCGAGAGCCGUCGCGCCCCUGCUGCUCGACCCAAGAAGACGCAGGAAGAGCUGGACCAAGAGAUGGACGAUUACUGGGGCACUGCAAACACUGGUGCUGGCACUGCUGACAAGGAGACCGUUCAGGCUGAGCCGCAGCAAAUUGCGCCUGCGACUACAGCUGCUGCUGGCGACGACGAUAUUGACAUGAUUGAGUAA